AUGCAAGUAGCCACUAAAAGAUCGACAAGUAGAAUGAAACGACUACGCAACUAUGUUCUGAAACUAAACAUCUAUGGUGAUAAAAGUGAUUUGACACUCAUUGAUCAAUUAUUAUCGACGGGAGUAUUCCUCCUUUUAUUAUUCAUACUUCUGAUUCUCAUUACAGUUUAUCUUAUUCUCACUCUUCAAACUCAUUCGGUGACUAUUCAGUCUCCAUCGGAAUCCGCUUUCACACAACUGUCUCAACAAUAUCCAAGCACACUUUCAUGCCCAUGUUCACGCACAUCUGUUCGACAUGAUCGAUUUCUCUCACUCGAUCCUCAGUAUCAUCCCAUUUGUACGAGUCUAUUAGUUAAUCAAUCAUUUAUUUCAUUAUUAUCUUCUGCGAAUGUGAGUGAGCAUUUGGUUGAUGAUUAUCGAAUAAUGGCAACAUCUCAUUUUCAAAUUCUUGCUUUACUUUGUCGCACAGUUCGACAAAUGAUUGAUGAUUCUCUCAGUGAAUUUCUCUCACAGUAUUUCACUACUUCAGAAGCUGUCUCAAACGAAACAUUCAAUGCCCAGAUGAAUCAUCUUGUAGAACAAUUGAAAACAACAAAUAUUGCCAAUAUAAAAUAUACAAGAGAUUUUCUGUGGUUGAACGUGUUCUACAAUGGAAUUUAUUCGGGAUUAAAGACAAACUUUUACGAUAAAGGCUCGGAUGGUCACCUUAUGACCUACAUUGUGCGUUCUUAUAAUUCUUCAAAUGGGGUCUGUAGAUGUCAUAGAUCUAUUGAUUGCACUGCACAAGCUAAAAUCACAAAGAUAGUAUCGUCUAAUGCAACUGUAAAUACAACGACGGCUGCGCAGAAAUCAAUCAAACUCUUUACUAUAGCUGGUCUAAAAGUUGGUUGUUUGCCAUACAACUCAUUACUUCAAUCGACUCUUCAAUGUUUCUUCAAUCAAUCAUGCAUCAAUCGAAUUCAAAAGUACCUCCCUGCAUUAACCUUCGUCCCUCCGCUCUCUGCUCACUCUCGUUUCCAACAAGAUGCCACAGUCGAGCAUCUUCUCGAUCAACUCUUCGUCGAAUCAUGGAACCCAAUCAGCAAUUUCACUGCUUAUUUUCAAAGUUGUUCUCCUCACUCAUGCAUAUAUUCAAAUGGUCGACGAUUCAAUAUUCUUUACGUCAUUGUCAAACUCAUUGGCAUUUUCGGUGGCUUGAAGAUGGUGUUGAAGUUCUUUGCUCCACUCAUUGUCAAACUUAUUCGACGUACUCAAACGUGUCGAUGCAUUUCUGAGACAGUGGACGAAAAUGAAAUGCCUGUUCAACAAAAUGCAAAGCAUCAUCUUGCAUCUCUUGUACGGAAAAUAAAAACAAAACUGAAGACACUGAAUCUGUUUCCAUUGUUGUCUGACGAAACAGAUGGAUUGUAUUCGACACGACUCUACAUCAUCUCAUAUAUCAUUGGAAUCAUCGUGUUAGUCUUCUAUAUCUCGAUAUCAGUUCAGAUGCGAAGCAUCACUAUACACGAUCUAAGUUUGAACGAAUAUGAACGAUUGUAUGCGAAAUAUGGCAGAACAUUGAUCUUUCCAUGUAGACAUAUGUCUGUGUCUUAUUCUUCGAUUAUUCAUCUCGAAGUCGAACAUCAUCAAGUAUGUUCGAGCGAGUUUAUCGACGACAAUGUUUGGUUGCCAUAUUUUAAUACGACUAUUCGUUCCUUCUAUGCGUUGGAUUUUCGAAUUGAAGGUUCAAAUAUAUUUCGCAUACUGCAGUCAUUAUGUCGAUUAUCGAAUGAAACAGUGAGAAAUCAACUACGAGUGUUCAAUGAAAUGCAAUUCAUCAAUGCACAUGUUGUGUCAAGAGAUACAUUCGAUAUUCAAACAUCCAUUCUAAUUCAUCAAUUGCAACAAAAGACUCUUGACUCAUUUUUAACAAUAUUUCAACUGGUUCGUGCAUCCAUUCAGCUGAACCAAUUUAUGGUAUUUGGUAGUACAAAUUCUCAAAUCAAGCAAUACAACAACAACGGUACUCUAGUAUCCCGUUUUGUGCCAAAUAAUGACUACGACUAUAACUGUUCAUGUGGCCAAAGUGUUGAUUGUCGACGUUCACAAGGUUUUUACUGUACCGCGUCCACAUGUAAAUCAUGGAAGAAUAGACCAAAUCAGACUAUACCUGGUUUAGUUCUAAGUUGUUUACCUAUCGACUCUCUUCUUCUAUCAACACUCGAGUGUUUCUACAGCUCACCAUGCAUUCAAAUGCUCAUCGAAUGGCGUUCAUUUAACGCCACAGUUCAAACAAAUGAUUCACGUUUCACUAGCGUCACUCCGCUGGAUCCAAUGCGUAACACUCGUUUUCCACCUACGACCAAACUGGAAAAAAUUGUCUCAGAGCUAUUCAUCGAAAAGUGGAUAAACAAAACCAACUUCACCGCAUUCUAUCAGCAAUGUGCACCACACAUAGGUACUUAUACAUCUGAACAGCACUUCGAUCGUGUGUUUAUUAUUAUAACAAUAUUUGAGAUCAUCAAUGGUCUUUCUCUUAUUCUUACAAUACUCAUUCCAUUCUUUGUCAAACUAUGUCGAGGAAUCAAGCGUUACUGUUCCCAACCUCCCAAUGGCAUUCGAAGAGGAGUCAUACUCAAUGUACGCUUUUCUCACCGAAAUAUUCUUCAAAAAUUUGCGAGGUUCAAGAAUUAUGUGCAGACGUUGAACUUAUACGACAAACGACACUUUCGUCCCUCACCAGGUCCUCCAACAAUAACAUCUACUGAUGUUUUGUUGAUCGAACGACAGCGCUUCGCUACUCGUGUUUUUUUCAUUUCCUUUAUCAUAAUUCUCCUGGUUGUUGUCAACGCUAUUACCUUCAAUGUUUCAACGCAUUCGCUCACGAUUUCAUUUCCAUCCGAAUCAACCUUUGAAUCUCUUCAAAGAAAAUAUUCAUCAAAACUUUCUUGCCCAUGUUCACAAACUACAGUUUCAUUUUCCAAAUUUCUCUCAAUCGAGCCAAAUGCAUAUCAUCAAAUAUGUUCAAGUGACUUUAUUUCAUUUCGCUUCUUGGAUAUUCUUUGGGGGUCCAAUAGAAGCAGCAUGUAUUUUAGACCGGUUGACGAUAAAGUGUUGAGUAUACAAUUUCGACUGUUGGCAGCAUUAUGUUCUCUUGCAAACAGCACCGUUGAGGAAAGGAUACGAACACUAUCGAAUCGAGAACUCGUCACUCUCGAACCAUUAUCACGACGCUCAUUCGAUGAUCAAAUUCACUCGAUUGUGAACAGUUUUAUACGAGAAACGCCUCGUGAUUUUCGGCGAACACAUCAAUAUAUCAAUGACAUGCUUCAUGCUAAUCAAUUUCAAACUUUUCUCUUGACAAAUUGGAAUCUAGUAACAACAUCUGUUGGAACAUCACACUAUUUCUCAACAAGUCCAGUUUCAGUAAAUGAAAGUGACCAGUUCUGUUCAUGUGAGACUUCCUCAACAUGUGCAAGAUCGAAGCUGGAAAACAUGAAGUACCGAGAAACAUUCGCUGGUCUCGUUGUCGGAUGUUUACCUGUUCAUGGCCUUCGACUUUCAACUCUCGAAUGCUUUUACAGUUCACGAUGCUUGGAGAAAUUAACUAAAUUUGUCAAUAGUUCAUCGGUUCUGUCGCCUUUGGAUCGAUCGAUUCCUAGUCGUUUCACACCAAUCUCAUCAACACCGAUCGGUACUCUGAUCGAUGAGUUGUUCAUCGAAUCAUGGCAGAAUUCGUCUAAUUAUUCGAGUUAUUACUCGAUAUGUGCACCAUCGAACUGUCGAUACACAUAUGUCGAAAGAAAUGGUUUUGUAUACACGUUGACUACGAUUCUUGGUUUAUACGGUGGACCGACUGAAGGGUUGCCUAUCGUUAUUUGGAGCAGUCUGUAUGUGUAUUGGAAGAUUCGUGAGCGAAUCAAGAGACAUAGACGUAUUUUAUCUAUAAAUGGUGACUGA